GUUCAGCUGGGAGCAGAGCGGACCGCACCGGCCCGAGCGGAGCGCCGCGCGUGCCCAGCCGCGAGGCCAGACAUCUGACUGUUGGUGUGAGACCGGUGCUCCUGGUGGUGUGCCCUGAGCCAUGGAGGUGCCUUUGCAGACAGAGAUGGUGGAGCUGGUGCCCAAUGGCAAACACUCAGAGGGGCUGCUCCCAGUCAUCACCCCUAUGGCAGGCAACCAGAGGGUCGAGGACCCCACAAGGAGCUGUAUUGAGGGCAAGAGCUUCCUACAGAAAAGUCCCAGCAAGGAGCCACACUUCACCGACUUCGAGGGGAAGACAUCAUUUGGGAUGUCAGUGUUCAACCUCAGCAACGCCAUCAUGGGCAGCGGCAUCCUCGGACUCGCCUAUGCCAUGGCCAAUACGGGCAUUAUCCUUUUCCUGUUCCUGUUGACGGCUGUCGCCUUGCUCUCCAGCUACUCCAUCCACCUGCUACUCAAGUCCUCAGGGGUCGUGGGCAUCCGUGCCUAUGAGCAGCUGGGCUACCGUGCCUUUGGGACCCCAGGAAAGCUGGCAGCAGCCCUGGCCAUCACGCUCCAGAACAUCGGAGCCAUGUCCAGCUACCUGUACAUCAUCAAGUCUGAGCUGCCACUUGUCAUACAGACCUUCCUGAACCUGGAGGAGAAAACCUCGGACUGGUACAUGAAUGGGAACUACCUGGUGAUCCUUGUUUCUGUCAUCAUCAUUCUGCCCCUGGCACUGAUGCGGCAGCUUGGCUACCUGGGCUACUCCAGCGGCUUCUCUCUUAGCUGCAUGAUGUUCUUCCUAAUUGCAGUCAUCUACAAAAAGUUCCAUGUGCCCUGCCCACUGCCCCCCAACUUCAACAACACCACAGGCAACUUCAGCCACAUGGAGGUCGUGAAGGAGAAGGUGCAGCUGCAGAUCGAGCCUGAGGCUGCAGCCUUUUGCACUCCCAGUUACUUCACGCUCAACUCACAGACAGCAUACACCAUCCCCAUCAUGGCCUUCGCCUUCGUCUGCCACCCCGAGGUGCUGCCCAUCUAUACCGAGCUCAAGGACCCCUCCAAGAAGAAGAUGCAGCACAUCUCCAACCUGUCCAUCACCGUCAUGUACAUCAUGUACUUCCUGGCUGCCCUCUUUGGCUACCUCACCUUCUAUGAUGGGGUGGAGUCAGAGCUGCUGCACACCUACAGCAAAGUGGACCCAUUUGACGUGCUGAUCCUGUGUGUGCGUGUAGCCGUGCUGACAGCAGUCACGCUCACAGUGCCCAUCGUUCUGUUCCCGGUGCGCCGCGCCAUCCAGCAGAUGCUGUUUCCGAACCAGGAGUUCAGCUGGCUGCGGCAUGUGCUUAUUGCUGUUGGCCUGCUCACUUGUAUCAACCUGCUGGUCAUCUUUGCCCCCAACAUCCUGGGCAUCUUUGGGGUCAUCGGUGCCACAUCUGCCCCAUGCCUCAUCUUCAUCUUCCCUGCCAUCUUCUACUUCCGAAUCAUGCCCACGGAGAAGGAGCCUGCGAGAUCCACCCCCAAAAUCCUGGCCCUAUGUUUUGCUGUGCUUGGCUUCUUGCUGAUGACCAUGAGCUUGAGCUUCAUCAUCAUUGACUGGGCCUCAGGGACCAGCCGGCACGGAGGAAACCACUAGGGUGACCCUCAUGCUGUUCUGUCUACUCACCCUAGCAGCCCUGCCCAGACUCUUCAGCCCCUGCUCCCAUCCAGUGGCCAGUCGGGGGAGGAGAAAGACGCGAUUAACACUGUGGCAUUCAGCCAGGCCCCAUGUCCUCUCUGUGGAAGGUUUUUGUUCAAGAGCCAGGACCAAGGCCCUUGGGCCACUAUCCUGCUAGGCUCCAGAGCAGCAGGGGCUUCUUGAACUGGGAGCAGGGUGGGGCUGUCGCCUUAGAUCCCACCCAAGCCCCUCAUUCCCUCCUUGCACAGAUGCGUACACUAGGGCCCAGCAGCUGCCUCCUGAGGAGAUACAGCCUGUAGAAACAUACAGAGCUGGAAUCGGCCUAGAGCCAUUCCCCUACCCUGCUGCUAGGCCACGGUCUGUGCCCUGGGGCCUCAUCUCCCCAGCCCACUUGUUUUUCCCCCUUUUAUUCCCUAGGCCCUUUUCAGACACUUGGGCCCUUGGAUACUCUUCUCCCACCCCCCUUCACAGGAUGGCACCCUCCCAUACCCCAUAGCUGGGACCAGCAGGUUCUGCUGAGGGUAGGGCUGGUGUAGCUAUCCCCAAGAGACCCCUGCCCUGUCCCUUCACCAGUCCUGGGGAGGCUGGGACUCCCCCUGCCACAAGCCUGGGCCACAGCUCACAUUCCACUGCUGGGAGAAGAGACAGGCCGAGGCCCAGAGUGGCCUGCCCCCGGGAGCCAAAGACCCCAGUGGCCACACUGGGACAGGGUGGGGAGGCUGGCAG